ACUUCACGUAAACACUUCUCUCUAGCUCUUGCGCCUAGCCUAGUUAGCCUAGCUCUGCAUGCCUAGCGCUAGCCUAGCCUGGGAAUGAAAAUUAUCUCUGUAUCAUAUUCAUAGACAUAGUAAUUAGUAUCACGUCUCUGGCUGGGUUUUUUUCACCUUAUUUUAACAUUCUGGAAGAUGUUAUCUACUUCUUAGUGCUGAGGUCGGUUGGUUUAAGUAGUCAGUGAGGAACCAGAGCCAGAAAUGCCUCGAAAGAAGCCAUUUAGUGGAAAACAGAAGAAACAUCAGCUUCAGGAGAAGCGAGAUCGCAAGCGGCCAGAUGGACACCAUCGGCCGCCGCACGGCCCCCAUGCAGGGAUGUCUCACAGGUCUCGACAGCAGUCUCAAGAACUUCUGAGCAGUGAGGAUAGGAACUCAACCUCAGAGGGAGAGAUGCCAGAGGUAAAUGCACUGAACCAGCAACCAAUGACACUAGGAAUAGGAAAGGAUAAACAGUAUGAUCCAAACAGAUUUCACCUGCACUUUCAAAAGGAAUCAAAGUCAGAGUUAGCACAACGCAAGAAGCAAGCUAUGCAACCGUAUGAACCCCUGCCAGAGAGUGCCCAAGAGGUCGAUAUAGAUGAUAUCUACCAGCCUGGCUCAGUCCUAGACAUGCCCAAGAGACCGCCGUGGGACUAUAACAUCAGCAAAGAUAAGCUUGAACAAAGAGAGGAACAAGAAUUCAGAAACUACCUCCAAACAAUCUAUGAGAAGUUCCCUUCAAAACAACUCAGCUAUUUUGAAAUAAAUCUAGAGACAUGGAGACAACUUUGGAGGGUGCUUGAAAUGUCUGACAUCGUGCUGCUGAUCGCCGACAUCAGGCAUCCGGCACUCCAUUUCUCCCCCGCCCUCUAUGACUACGUUAUAAGGGACCUCAAGAAACAUCUCAUUCUUGUCCUCAAUAAGAUUGACCUAGCCCCACCUUCUUUGGUAGUAGCAUGGAGAUCAUACUUCAAGGAGAAGUUUCCUCAGCUCCAAGUCGUCUGCUUCACCUCUUUUCCAAGGGAAUCACAAAGUUCUGAUGGUAUAUCAGGAUUCAAGAGAAGGAAACGUGGGAAGUUUACGGCAGUGGGUCCAAUGCAGCUUCUGAAAGCAUGCGAGGCAAUAUCCAAUGGAAAAGUUGAUUUAAGUAGUUGGCGAGAAAAGAUUGAGGCUGAGAUGAGGGGUGAGGAGACUCUAGCCUCGCAGGUCAUCACUUCAAACCCUGUAGAGAUGACAAUGUAUGAGGAACAUGAGGCAUUUAAAGACAGCAUCAUUACAAUAGGAUGCGUCGGUCAUCCGAAUGUGGGUAAAUCUUCAGUGAUGAACGGUCUGUGUGGUCAUAAGGUGGUCAGCGCAUCCAGGACACCUGGUCAUACAAAGCAUUUCCAGACCAUAUUCCUCACACCAAUGGUCAAGCUAUGUGAUUCCCCUGGUCUUGUAUUUCCCUCUCUGGUUGAUAAACAAUUUCAGAUUCUGUCAGGAAUUUAUCCCAUAGCUCAAGUACAGGAGCCAUACACAGCAGUUGGGUACCUUGCACAGAGAAUACCACUGACACAGAUUCUAAGGAUACGACACCCUGAGGCUGAUGGAUCACCAGAGGGCGCUACAGGGGCGCAUUGGUCUGCUUAUGAUAUUUGUGAAGCCUGGGCGGAGAAACGUGGCUUCAUCACCGCUAAAGCAGCCAGGAAAGAUGUCUACAGGGCGGCCAAUAAUAUCCUCAGGAUGGCCGUAGAUGGCCGACUCUGCAUGUGCAUGACCCCACCAGACUACACGGCUCAAAAAGAAUGCUGGGAGCAGCACCAAGAGACAUUUGAGAUUGGUCGACUGCAGGACCAACACAGACGGGUAGAGGAGGAUGUCGACAGAGAGGGCGACAAAGAUGAUGAUCUCUCGGACCAGUUUACCAGCAGCGGCGAGGAAAGCGAUGCUGAUGUUGAGAGCAAUGACGUCGACAGAGAGUCAGACUCGAGACGGAGGGAGCGGAGGCGGAAAGGUCAACAGGAAAUGGACAGUGGUGAUGAUGGGGGUGAAAGGUCAAAGGGUCUAAGGACCACAAACCCUUUUGAUUUACUGAUGGAUGCAUGAUAGAUGAAAGAAUCAGCAGAAAGGAUGGAUAGUCAGGUAUUUCAUGGUAAACUUGAUCAAGUUGAUGUUGGAUGUUUGUAACUUGGAAGUCCCUGAAAUUUGAAUACAUGAGGGUUGGAAGUCCUUCAUGAUGGAAUGAAUAGAACAGGUCAAGUUUGGAGACCAAUGAAUCAGUAUUUUUAUGCCUUGGAAAUAUCUGUAAGCCGACCUCGGGAAGUGGUCCAGCAAAUUUCAGUCAAUUUGUGAUCUAGAAGGUGCAUGUGCAGUGUCUCCUUAAACCUAAAACAUCAUGGUGAUUUUAUGCAUGUUUGCGGGAACAUCUCACAAGAUCAUUGUGUUUAGAUGUCCACAUAAAAGAGGAUGAAUUAUGCUGCCUAUGGCUUUCCAUAGAUGAUCCUUUAUAAGAUGGCCCCGUACCUUUUGGGGCCGUUUCAGGAUAUUCAGUCUGUCAUAAUCCUGCUUGGUUUUGAACGAGGUAAAUUGAAGAUGAAAAUGACAUUUUGAAUGUUGCCUUUCAUAAAAGAAGAAAGAAAAGAAAAGAGCACAUUGAAGCUAUUUUCUAUGUUGCAUGCAAUCCAAUGCUUUUACUCUUACUGUGCCAAUGAAAUAUAUAUCCCAUGCCCCGUUUACUUAUAGCAAGUGGACAUGCUAUUUCUAAUCUAUUUGGCUAUGCUGUGCAGGUCUGUGUGGGGAGAUUCAAGAGGUUAUCGGGUUUAUAACAAGCAUUGCAUUAUAUACAAAAUACUAAAUUGACACACUGCUUUCAAGUUAAUUUAUUAUCAUGUAUAAAAAAAUACAUAAAACUUGCUUUAGGCAUAUAAAAAGUGAACACCAAAUAUACACUAAUAUGCAUUAAAUGCAUUUUACAAACAGUCACAAAUAUAAAAAUAUGUAUUUUUCGCUCUGUUGUGGUUUUGAGGGGAUAUGCCGAUAGGCUCUGUUGAAUGGUUUUAAAAUAGAUUUAUGAUAAUAAUGAUAAAUCGGCCGUUCUUGUAUAGCUCAUAUCACAAUGAUAUUUGAAUGUCAUUUCAUGUGAUUGACAAUGCACAAAUGAACAUACAUGAUGAAACAUGCACAAUAGAGAAAUCAAAUGCUAGGUAUAUACAUUUUUUUAAAAAAUGGAAAAAGGCAGUGGUAAACAACCUACUAGAGAAGAAGAUAGAUAUAUUUUGUGGAGAUACUGUAUGUGUCACUAUUUUCAUCUGAUAUAAAUCACUAUUUUGAGGAAAUGUAGAACUAUGUCUGUACAUUAGGCCAAAGCAAUAUUUGAUUCAUCUGCCAGUGUAAGCGUAUUAAUCUGUUGCCUACCAGAACUGGUGGGUCCAUGUACAAAGUCUAUGGAUUUAAAGAAUUCAGCAGUCAGUGAGUUAGUUGGUAGUAGAACAGUGCCUGAUCAUUACCUUAUUAUUCAAAUCUUGCCUGAAAUUGAAUGAUUUAUCACAGCAACACAGUUUUCACUAAGUGUGUUCAUUCGAAUGCACUGAGAGUCUGAGAUGUACUUUUUCUCCUCAUUUUAGCUUUGGAAAGUCUUUAAAGUAGGAGAAAAUACAUGACCCAAUUUAAUUUGGAUAUCAAUGAAAUAAAAAACUGGGAGGUCCAAGGUCCUAUGGUACAUUUUAUCUUGUUAACCCUUUGAACCUGAUAAUCCCAACCUCACUGUGAACUUGCAAAUACCUGAUUGGGCGGAAUACUGGCCUGAAGCUAUGUGACUUGAAAAACAUGGAUUCUAAAUGUGUCGGAUUGUCUUUUUAUUAUUAUUAUUUGUUUGGCAUCACCUAUGCCUGGAAGGCGAAAAGCGAACUGAAUCAGUGUGACCUGCAGGUCUCUCCUCCCAAUGUAACUGAUUGGGGGAGUGCAGGUGGACCACUUCACCAGGGUUUCUCCCUACUCUUGUACGAAUAGCGCAUUUUAA